GCGGCGGUCAUUGUUUUCAUGUAUAUUCUGCUUUCAAUGGAGGUGGAUGAUGUUUUUGGGUGGUACAGUAACGCCAGCUGAAAUUUAUGUAAUGUCUCAGUGGUAAAAGAAGCAGUCCUGUUUCCUCCUGUUUACAGGAAACCACAGUAACCACCGCUGACUGUAAGUUAAAGAAACGCCAUGAAUUUGUAGUAAAAUAGGUACACAUUCUUGUCGCUAGUGUAUCAUCCAGUUUGCCUGGCGACCACAGAUUAUUUCGAUCUCAGUUGGAGUCAGCCUUUACUUUUGCAAAAGGAUACAAGACCAAUUUACCUCCUAGACUGACCUAACAGCCAUGUGACAUGACCACGAUGGCCUUUGGAGCAAGAACAGUCCUGCUCAACCUGAGGUACACACUCCAGAAAGCAGGCUACUUUACUAGAACCAGACUCAUCCAGAGCUCCAGGACAUCGCUUGUUAAAAGAGGGCAGAUUUUAACCCAAAUACCCAAGGUGACAUUGUUAUGCUGGGGCGCAGUCAAUGUAUCAUCCUGUGCACCCAGAUGCCAGGAAGCAACUCUUUCAUCCCAAACCGCUGACAGGAAGUCUCUAGCGAAAGUCAAGGUGCACAAAGUUUUAUUUUUUCUCCGGCUAAGCCUUCGUGCAUUGGUGCUGCUCCUCAAAUUUGGGCCCCUUCUCCUCCUCUCCCCCUUGGCUCUGGUGUCCGCUCGCUGGGCAUCUCGCUGGCUGGAUGCUCUGCUGUGGGUGACUGAAACAUCCGGUCCCACUUUCAUCAAGCUGGGGCAGUGGGCCAGCACCAGGCGGGACAUCUUCUCUCAGGAGUUUUGUGAACGCUUCUCCAGGCUCCACGUAAAGGUGCGCCCUCACUCCUGGGCCCACACCAAGCAGUGUCUCAGGAGGGCUUUUGGCGAGGGCUGGAGGAUGGUUUUAGUGAUUGAGAGCAAAGAGCCAGUGGGUUCUGGAUGUGUGGCCCAGGUGUACAGAGGAUGGGCGAAGGCGGACCAGGUGGCAGAUCCAGCCUUCCAGUCACUGGUGGAAGAGAUGGAGAAAGAAGACUUGUUGGAAGCCUGGGAGAUCCCGGGUCUUGGAGGAGUGGCAAGCUCCCUGUGGCAGUACUGGAGGGGGAGGAAGGAGGAGGAAGGCUAUAAGGAGAGAAGUCCUGGAGAGGGGCAGCAGGUGGGGAGCAGUGCAGAGAAGGAGCGUCUAAUGCCUGUGGCUAUCAAGGUGAUCCACCCAGGCAUCAGGAUGCAGGUAGAAAUGGACCUACUGCUGAUGAAAGCGGGCAGUUGGCUCCUGCACUGCCUGCCCGGACUCAAGUGGCUCAGUCUGUGUGAGAUAGUAGAGGAGUUUGAGAAGCUAAUGACCAAACAGAUUGAUCUCCGUUUUGAGGCCAGGAACAUCGAGCGUUUCCGGGAUAAUUUUCGUGAUGUGGAUUAUGUCAAGUUCCCGACUCCAUUACGACCAUUUGUCACCAGGACCAUUUUAGUGGAAACUUUUGAAGAGAGUCAGCCCAUAUCCAACUACCUGAGCUCCGAGAUUCCUCAGGAGGUGAAGCAGAGGAUAGCCAGGAUGGGAGUGGACACGAUGCUGAAGAUGGUUUUUGUGGACAACUUUGUCCACGGGGAUCUCCAUCCCGGAAACAUUCUGGUCCAGUGUUGGGAGCCGGUUCCUGGUUCCAGGGACAGUGCUGCAGGUAUCUCAGGGGAGGCCUAUGGUAAGACCACACUCACUGACUUGUGGGACACAGUGGUGGUCAGCGUCAGGCCGGUCCCGUGUCCUCUUCAGCUGGUGCUGCUGGACGCCGGCAUCGUAGCCCAGCUAAAUGAUCGUGAUCUUGCCAACUUCAAGGCCGUCUUCACAGCUGUGGUCCUGUGUCAGGGUGAGCGAGUGGCAGAGUUGAUCCUGAAUCACGCUCGGGCCAAUGAGUGCCAAGACGUGCCGCAGUUUAAGAAGGAAAUGGCCCAGCUGGUGGACCAUGCCCUCACCAACACCCUCUCUUUGGGAAAGAUCCAAGUUGGUGAAUUGCUGUCCAAAGUCUUUGGUUUACUCAUCAAACACAAGGUGAAGCUGGAAAGUAAUUUCGCCUCCAUCGUGUUUGCCAUCAUGGUGCUAGAGGGUCUGGGCAGGUCACUCGAUCCGAACUUGGACAUCCUGGAAUUGGCCAAACCCCUGCUGCUAAAGAACUGUUCCUCACUGCUCUGACACACAUAUACAUAAACACAAGCACAGUGGGUCACACACAGAAAGGCACCUGUAAGUACACACACACACACACAGCUACUAAGCCCUAUGUACUGUAUACAUCUAUAGAUUCGGUAGGCGUGUGUGUAUACAUUAUGGGUUGUCUUCAAGCUUACAAUGCAAGAUUCCACUGUGGAUAAGGAGAUCACUCAUCACUACAUUUUACAUUUUAGCAGUGCUGAUUUAAUAAAUACCUAAUUGAGUUUUACAUUGGUGGAGUUACUGUUACUCUUAAAUUGUAUCAUUUACUGUCUGUAGUACAAACAUUUCGCCCACCGAAAUCUACUUUUGUGCUAGUUUGUGCUUUACAUGAGGCAACACUGGUUUUAUUGAGUGCCAGUGGGGUCAGACACAUUGGCAUCACAGACCAUUUGUAGUGAUUUAAGAUCUAAAAGAAAAUACUGUGAACAUCCCUAGUUGAUACUCAAAGCAUAUUGUUUACUUUUAAAUGACCAAUACUGAGCUCAGAAUGUAUUUUAUCAGUCCAUAUUUUAGUGCAGCUUAGAUAAUGUUGUCUAAUGGACCAUGUUUGCUUUAGUGUGAAUCAUAACGUACUGUAACAUUUGUUCUUAGACACUACAUUGACGAUGUGAAGACUUUGGCAAUUUGUACUCACAACUGAGCCAUGUCUUUUAACUUUCUGUUACAAUGGUGGGAACACUUGUAUGAAUUAUCAAUUUCAAUAAAAAAGAGAAUCUAUACUAGAGAAUC